AUGGCCAGAGCACCCUCAGAGAGCGUUGGCAUAGCAUCUGGCGACGAGGCUGCCACGCCGGCAGUGAUGGCAUUCUUCAAAAAUCAGGCCCGAAGAGCGGUUGGCGAGCAAGAAAAAGAAAAGAGAGACUUUAGAUCACCUCGAAUCCCUUUCGAUUUAGAUCUGAAGCUCGUUGCCGCUUGCUUGCACUGGUACAACGGACCUCUUGGACGGAACCCUCCGCAGUCCCGUUCGUUGCAUCAGGGUGCGGAGAUUGACGGAUGCCCUUGGUCCUCGCCGUUUGCCAAACCACAUCAGGGCAAAGGUGCAGCGGAGAUGGCGGAGAACUCGACCAAUGACUUCCAACUCGCAGCCAAUUCUCCGCGGCAUCACUCAGAUUCUAGCAACUGA